AUGUCAAAUCCUGUAAUAUUCAUAGACGAUCCCAUUGCAAAAGAUUACACCCCUCUCAUUGAAAAAGUCUUGUCAAUAGUCAAUGGAGUUGACAGAUUGGACAUUGUCAUCAAAACUGAAAUCACCAAUGUCACCCAUUUGAACGAGAUACUUUACCACUACUAUAACCACGUCAGGACUUCGAUUGAUGGGUUGCCAUUAUUUGAUUAUACAUUCUCGAUAAAUAUUAUAUUCAACAUUUCACACAAGAAAUUGCUCAAAUUGUCAUUAAAGUGGAACCAUGCCUUUAUUGCUGAGCAAGAACUGGAUAUAUUUCAAAAUGUACCCCUUGCUCAUACAUCACUUGACACCAAACUCGCACAGUCGGGCUAUCCUUCUAAGUGCAACAAGGUCAGGAAACAAUUUCACACCACUGCAGUGGGGGGAACUUUCGACCAUUUACACGAUGGUCACAAGAUUCUUCUCUCAAUGGCAUAUUUCCUCACUUCGAAAAGAUUGAUUAUUGGAAUCACCGGUCCGGAGUUGUUGCAAAACAAGAAAUUCAGUGACGUUCUCGAACCAUUCGGUAAACGGCAAAACUCAGUUGUUCAGUUCCUUGAUUUAAUAAUGGAUGAAAUUGUGCAUUAUGAAAUUUAUCAAAUUAAUGAUGUUUGUGGUCCUACUGGCUACAUUGAUGCUAUAGAUGGACUAGUCAUAAGUCAUGAGACUCUUUCAGGUGGUGAGUUUGUCAACAAGUAUAGACGCGAGCACGGGUUUAAAGAGUUGGACUUGACGGCGAUCAAAGUGAUUGGAGAUUCGGAUUCAAAUGCAGAGAAUAAAUGGAAAGGUAAAAUCAGCUCGACAGAUAUUCGAGAACGAGAAUUGGAAAGAAGGAAACAGCGUAGUCAGAGCUAG